CAACGUUCCAGCUAUAUAGACAGCCACAGCAGUCAGUUGAAGCGAGUAACAAACCUGAGGUUUCGCAGAGUCCGCAGUAACGAUAUUCACGUAACGAUUUCCACGGUGCGGUUCCAAAACUCAAACACACAAAAUCCCUCGAUUGAACAUUAAGUGUCAGUGACUUUAAAAAUAAACCUAAUAAAUAAACACACACAAAAGCACAAACGUGACUGUAUAAUCUCUCAACCAAAAAAAAACCCAACAACUUGGUGGUGAUAAUAAAAGAACUUACAACAACAGCGCCGGAGAACCAGUAUAAAGUUCAAUACUAAAGUUGAUUCGAACUGAAACAAAAGGAGAGAAUCGUCGUCAACCCGCUGUAUUGUCAUACAAGUAUUUUUUUGGUCUUCGAAAUGGCAGCCUACUUGGAUCCCACUGGCCAGUACUAGACAGAGCUAAAACAGGAAGCUCCAAGAAUAAAAAUAAAACUGAAUAUUUAUAUAUAAAACACUGAAAAUAUGGCCGCCUAUCUGGAUCCCACGGGUCAGUACUGAAGCAAGGAAGGAAGAUCAGACAUCUUCAGAGAUCAGAGAUCACUCCACCAAACACACAGCAAAACAAUCACAAAAACCGUCUCAACAUGUCGCUUGAUUUGGAUCCCACUGGCACCUACUAAGCCGCCCAGCUUGAGAUUCGAUUCCAAGAGUCACAAUAAUACUUUGAAUAACUGGGAAACCCCCUUUGGAAAAAAAACAAAGAAAACAAAUCAAACAAAAUGCUGGAUCCCACUGGAACCUAUAGGCGACCCCGCGACUCGCAGAGCACACGCCAAAAGCGACGACAGCGGGAUUGCCUGGAUCCGACCGGGCAGUACUAGUACUGGAGAGGAGCGUGGAGAGCCCCAUUGCAACGCCCUUUGCCUUAACUCCAAAAAAAAAACUCCAAAAACUUCUGGGCAUGAUUGGGGGAGCGCGCU